AUGAACAUCCUCAUAACAGGCGCCUCCCGCGGCAUAGGCCACUCCACCGCCCUGCUCGCCGGCAGCAAACCCAACUGGAACAUAGGAAUCAACUACCUCCGCGACGCGCACUCUGCCAACUCCGCUGUCGAGGAAAUCAACACCAACAACAAAACCAAAACCAGCUCUGGAGGGAAAGCCAUAGCUCUGCGGGGAGAUAUCUCUGAUGAAAAAGACGUCCACAGAAUCUUCUCCACCUUCGAAGAGGGUGUUGGUGGGAAGAUCGAUGGGGUGGUUAUCAAAGCGGGGAUCACCGCGCCCGCGCUGCCUCUAGUAGACAUGUCCGUGGAACGACUAAAGCGGAUGUUCGACACGAAUGUUUUGGGUGCGUAUCUUUGCGCGAGGGAGGCGGUUAGAAGGAUCCCGCAAGACAGCAAUGGAAGCAUCGUCAUCGUCUCCUCCGGGGCGUCUAGACUCGGCUCGCCGAAUGAAUAUGUCGAUUAUGCGGGCUCGAAGGGGGCGAUGGAUACGUUGACGAUAGGGCUUUCGAAGGAAUUGGGGCCGAGGGGGGUGAGGGUGAAUGCUGUGCGGCCGGGUGUUAUUCGGACGGAGAUUCAUGAGAAGGGGACGGGGGAUGCGGGGAGGGUGGAGAGGUUGGGAGGACAGACGCCUUUGGGGAGAGCUGGGGAGGCGGAGGAGGUGGCGAGGGCUGUGGUGUGGUUGCUUGGGAGUGAGGCUUCGUAUGUGACAGGGGCGUUGUUGGAUGUGGCGGGUGGACGGUAG